UGCUUGCCUGGCUUGAACCAAGGCUUACAAGGGACUAUGCAGUUCUACAUCAAACUGUAUAAAAACUCUCAUUAUGUAUUUGCCUGUGUUGUUGCAGCGCUAAAUCUUGAUUAUUGCUAGAGAAUAUGCACAUAGCUGCACGUGCACGCGUGAGGAAACGAGGAUACCCUGCCGCUGCAAGAAAGAGAGGGGAGAUUCUGCCGUGCUUUCAUCAUUAUAAUCACCAUCCUAAGUACUAGCUCUUAACAUUUUGUUUUUCGGUGUUCAGGGGAGAAGUGACAAGAAUACAGACCCCUCCUCUGCAGGGCGGAGCGUGCAUUUUCAUUUCGUAUUUUGUAUUUUUUUUAUUUUUUUUCUAGCCCUUUUCUCUGCUCUGACACGUCUGCACUGAGUGAGUGGCAUUGGCACACUGUCAAUCGCUCACUACCGCUGCCAUCAAACAACAUAAAACACACACAGGCAGAGGCUGGAGCUCAUAAAUUUCAGCAGGGCAAGAUAUUUUUUGCGCAUCGCCUUUAUACAGCGUUGUAUCCUAAUUAAUUUCUUUUUUCUCGCUGUUGCUUUUUUUUCUAAACAGAAAUCUCCCAACUUUUUGUACAUUUCAUAUUUUUAUAGUCACAUUUGGACACCAUAUGCCGCAGAUUGUGUAUUUUUUAAAAUGCUGUUAGUUGUCGUGGGAAUCAUUUGUGCACAUUUGUAGUUAGCAGCUCCUGCAAGCCUAAGAUUUUUUUUUUAAAUUUGUUUACGCGUUUUCACAUUGGAUAUUUUUGUUGCCGGUGCUUCACGAGGAGGACUUGGACAUUUUGGAGAGGAAAUGCGCCGGGGAUCCCAUGAAGAGCGCUAAUAAAUGAGAGAUCACCAAGGAGCGUUUCUGUCUAUACCACCCGUCAAAUCGAAGAGAAAAGAUCGAUUGGCAUGAGGAUUCGUGCGGGAUACGAUGGACCGUCAAUUUUGACAAAGAAGUUCUAAGAAGAAGAAAAAAAGGUUUAUGCAUUUUUCUACCAACCACUCGGUUUGGUACUUUGGACCGCGCGUAAAAAACGAGAGGACAGCGAGAACUUGGACACAAGAUUUAAGCUAAACAUCACUGCUAGUCUUCAUAAAAAAUAAAAUAAAAUAGAAACGUGUGUGCUCUGUUAAGCUGAAGAAUCCCACAGCCUUGCAUCCUUCUCUGCGGUACAUGUUGUUGUAGCCAAUUUCGUAUAUGAGUUUUUCAAUUUGUGUGGCUCAGUGCACAGACUCUUUAGCGGCUACUAUGGACGAUCAAGCCCGGAUCAUGCAGUCGAUCGGCGGUGUCAGUCUGACUGGACACUCGGUACAAGGAAGCAUGACACUGCCGCCUCCACAUGGACACGAUGGGACAGACGGGGACGGAAGAAAACAAGACAUUGGUGACAUUCUGCAUCAAAUAAUGACCAUAACAGAUCAAAGUCUGGACGAGGCGCAAGCAAAGAAACAUGGACUGAACUGUCACAGAAUGAAACCAGCCCUCUUCAGCGUCCUCUGUGAAAUCAAAGAAAAGACAGGUCUCAGCAUCCGUGGCGCCCAGGAGGAGGACCCCCCAGACCCCCAGCUCAUGCGUUUAGACAACAUGCUGCUGGCAGAGGGCGUGGCGGGGCCAGAGAAAGGGGGCGGAUCUGCUGCCGCCGCAGCUGCGGCCGCAGCCUCUGGCGGUGCAGCCGACAACUCCAUUGAACAUUCUGAUUACAGAGCUAAACUCACCCAGAUCAGACAGAUCUACCACACAGAGUUGGAGAAAUACGAACAGGCAUGUAAUGAAUUCACUACCCAUGUGAUGAACCUGCUGAGGGAACAGUCCCGCACGCGACCCAUCUCUCCCAAAGAGAUUGAGCGCAUGGUGGGAAUCAUCCACCGUAAGUUCAGCUCCAUCCAGAUGCAACUGAAACAGAGCACCUGUGAGGCUGUCAUGAUCCUGCGCUCCAGAUUCCUUGAUGCCAGGAGGAAAAGGCGAAACUUCAGCAAGCAGGCGACGGAAAUUUUGAAUGAAUAUUUCUACUCACACCUCAGCAACCCGUAUCCAAGCGAGGAGGCUAAAGAGGAGCUGGCCAAGAAGUGCAGCAUCACAGUUUCCCAGGUAUCCAACUGGUUUGGCAACAAAAGGAUCCGGUACAAGAAAAAUAUCGGCAAGUUUCAGGAAGAAGCCAACCUGUAUGCUGCCAAGACUGCUGUAAAUGCAGCACACGCUGCAGCCGCUGCAGUGCAGAACAGCCAGGCCAACUCCCCUACCACACCUAAUUCUGGAUUCCAGAUGAAAGAUGAAGAGUUUCAGCUGGAUUCUGCAGAGAGCAAAAACACUCUUUUAACCAACAUGUUUACUGGUUCUUCAGGUUCUUUUAACCUCCCAAACUCUGGGGACAUGUUCUUGAGCAUGCAGAGUCUGAAUGGGGAUUCUUACCAAGGGGCACAAGUCGGAGCCAAUGUACAGUCACAGGUGGAUACCCUGCGCCAUGUUAUCAGUCAGACGGCAGGAUACAAUGAUGCUCUCGGGGGAAACACAAUGUACAGUCCACAUGGCUUAAAUGCUAAUGGGGGAUGGCAAGAUGCAACAACUCCAUCUUCUGUAAUAUCUCCGACAGAAGGACCUGGAAGUGUGCACUCCGAUACCUCGAACUGAUCCACUAUUAAUGCAUCUUCGCCUCUAGCUGGGCAUGGACUCUUAAACUGGCUGACCAACUGCAGCGGAUAUUAUAAAAAACAAAAACAAAAACAAAACAAACAAAAAAAAAAACCCCACAACCUUUUCACAACAGAUUUGUUUUCCUGUACCUUAAAAUCUCCCACGACCAUGCCAUUCAAAUGACAUCUUCCAUUAUAAACACCAAGUGUUUCCUGAUUGUUCAGUGUUUUCUUUCUGUCUUCAUAAAUCAACCAUAAUCACUAUGCUCUUAUUUGUUUGUUGUAGAGGUAAGCACACACACACAUACAAGUAAAAACAGCCCUCAGAUGUUACUCAGUAAACUUUCGGGAUAAUUAUCUCCUCUGAACUCAAAAUACUUGAUGACACUUUAACAUGAAAUUUUAUGACAUUAUAAAUGCCCAUUUGUUUGAUUCUUGAUUUAAUUACUGCUUUCCAUUUUGAUAAUUAGAUUCUCUUUCACUUUGUACAAUACAUAGAUUAAAGCAGCUCUUUCUUUGACCGUAAUGUGCUCGCAGUCUUGUCCAGCAACUCAACAAUGCUAAUGUUGACAGCUCAAUGGCAGCUUUGUAGUUCCUUUCAAGAUUUAUUUUUGCCUUACAGCCGUAUACAUUAGUACAACGAAAUGACUAUUCAGACUCUGGAACAUAAAGAAGUGUAAUUGAUUGCUCGACUAUAACAUCACACCAUUCCAUAUUUUAUAAUUUGAUGUUUAGUAUGUACAUAUGUAAACAUUAUUUUCUACUGCUUAUGGAAAUCAACAAAUCCCCCACAGUAGAUCAUUCUUUCAUGGCACGUAGGAGCAGGCCCCCAUUACACAGGAAAAGUUGUACAUAAUAUAGCUUAAGAGUAAUUAUACACCCCACCAAUCAAUACACAGCUUUAUUACCUCAUUCAAAUUCAUACAAACCAGUCAUUUCCAACCUUUCUGUAGCUUAGAGUGCUCACUUACUACCUCUAAACAAAACCUCCACCAUAGGUUCUUUUGCCCUUAUUUAAUGUUUUUAUGUAGUUAUUUUGAUUACAUCUUGUAACACUGUAAACUCUUCAUUCUCUAUGUAAUCUAAUGUAUAUUUUAAUCUUUUAAUAAAAUGCUGUUGCUGUACUGCAACUUAAAAUGACAAAAAUUAAAAAAAUUAAAAUGAUAAUGAUAUUAAUGCCAUGAAAGAUAGACCGGGGGGGGGGCUGGUGGUCUAUGGCUUUUAUGAGCUGGUGCGAUGAACAUUGUUGAUAAAUUGACACCAAACAGUAAAACUGUUGUAAAUACUGCAGAAAAUAAACAUUUUGAAUGUUGCUCAUCUUGUUACUAAAUCAUGCGAAAAAAAGAACAAAAAAAAAAUCACUAUAAAACUGUAAUGCAUAGAGGUUUCAGUAUUCACAACUGUAAAUUUCCAGCUCUGUUCAACAGGGUGCGAGACUUCUUUUCUCUUUUUUCUAUUGUAUGUGAUUCUGAAACUGAAAAGUCAUGACAAAUGAUUUGUGGCAGUGAUUCCGAUGUAUUAAAGAUGUUUAGUGUUACUUUCUAACCAGACUACACCCUGGACUGAAAAGUCUUCCUUGUGGUAGUUGUGUAAUUUCAAACAUGAAUAAACCUUUUGCUUUCAUGACA